ACUUCCCCCUUCCAUUCUGUCUGUGAUACACUCAUCUCUGAUGACUCAAUUUCAGACAAUGAUUGAACUUCGGAUUUUCCUAGAAAGUUAACAUUAUUUGUCAUAUUUGUGGUAAAAUUUAGUGACUGGCAAUUUCAUUUUGUAUCAUUUGAGUCGAUAUUCAUUCCUAUAAACGUAGUUGUUGUUGCAAAUAGGAUAAUACAGGUUCAAUAAAAUAUUCAAACAUGACUGACCACUUUGCUCCCAUCACCUUGAAAUGGGAUCCAAAAAAUUUGGAAAUUCGAACAAUGUCUGUCGAGAAGACAUUGGAACCUCUGGUGAUACAGGUGACCACCCUUGUAAAUACAAAGGGUCCUUCAAAAAAGAAAAAAGGUAGAUCCAAAAGAGCUCACGUGCUAGUGGCAGCUGUUGAGAAGGCCACAGAGAAUUUCAUCGAGAAAGGCGAAAUUAUUGCCUAUGAAAACCCGGAUAUCAAACAGGAAAUGCUUUCUGCCGUUGAGGAAGUGCGAAAAACUGGUGAAGCAAUGAGCACAGCAGCUAGAGAAUUUGCAGAUGACCCGUGUUCAUCUAUAAAGCGAGCGAAUAUGGUGAGAUCGGCCCGGAAUUUGCUGUCGGCUGUCACCAGGCUGUUGAUUUUGGCCGACAUGGUCGAUGUUCAUCUUCUAUUGAAGUCUCUCAGAGUGGUGGAAGACGAUCUGGAGAAGGUGAAGAACGCUUCUUCGCAGGGCGAGCUGAUAGACAACAUCAAGCUGUUCGGUCGCAACGCGAGUGAGCUGAUGAAUCAGGCGGCCAAACGCCAACAGGAACUCAAGGACCCGCAGCUCAGGGACGAUCUGGCUGCCGCGCGCGCUGUGCUCAAGAAGCACUCUACUAUGCUGCUCACUGCAUCUAAGGUUUAUGUGCGACACCCUGAGCUGGCGGCUGCCAAGGCGAACAGGGACUACGUGUUCAAGCAGGUGUGCGAGGCGGUAAACACAAUCAGUGACGUGGCCCAGGGCAAGGGACCUGGCGCCCCUCAGAAUCCCUACGACGGGCCAGGAGAGUUGGCUGCCGCGCUGGAUGAUUUCGAUGAGCGCAUGGUGAUGGACCCGCUGGCUUACAACGAGGUGCGCACCCGCCCCUCCCUGGAGGAGCGUCUGGAGAGCAUCAUUAGCGGCGCGGCGCUGAUGGCUGACUCGUCGUGCACACGGGACGAGCGUCGCGAGCGAAUCGUCGCCGAAUGCAACGCUGUCAGGCAGGCGCUUCAGGACCUGCUCUCCGAGUACAUGGCCAAUCAGUUGCAAAUACAGCGUGGUGGCAAGAGGAUGAGCGUGAAGGAGCAGAGCGAAGGCCUGGAAAGAGCCAUUGACCAUAUGUGUCGCAAGACUAGAGAUCUGCGCAGGCAAUUGCGCAAGGCUGUUGUCGAUCAUGUUUCUGACAGUUUCCUGGAGACAAGCGUUCCACUUCUGAUUUUGAUCGAGGCAGCCCGCGCCGGAAACGAGAAGGAGGUCGAGGAGUAUGCACUCGUUUUCACUGAACACGCCAACAAGUUGGUCGAGGUGGCGAAUCUGGCGUGCAGCAUGUCGGGCAACGAGGACGGCGUGAAGAUGGUGCGCUACGCGGCAGGGCAGAUCGACGCACUGUGCCCGCAGGUGAUCAACGCGGCGCGCAUCCUGGCCGCCCGGCCGCGCUCCAAGGUGGCGCAGGAGAACAUGGACGUGUUCCGCGAUGCCUGGGAGAACCAGGUGCGAGUUCUCACCGAGGCCGUCGACGACAUCACCACUAUCGACGACUUUCUCGCCGUAUCAGAAAAUCACAUCCUGGAGGACGUGAACAAAUGUGUGCUAGCCCUGCAGGAGGGUGACGGGGACACGCUGGACCGCACGGCUGGUGCCAUACGAGGCAGAUCGGCGCGAGUCGCCAACGUGGUCACAGCUGAGAUGGACAACUAUGAGCCGGGCAUCUACACCGAGCGUGUACUCGAAGCUAUCAAGGUGCUGCGCGAUCAAGUGAUGCCGAACUUCGCACAGCGAGUGGAAGUGGCCGUGGAUGCGCUGUCCUCCAACCCCCCCAAGGAUGUUGACGAAAACGAGUUCAUCGAUGCUUCUCGACUCGUCUACGACGGCGUCAGGGAGAUCAGAAGGGCUGUUCUCAUGAACAGGACGGAUGAGGAAUUGGACCCAGAGGAUGUGGAAUUUGACGAGCAUUAUACCAUUGAAAAUCGCAGCAAAUCUAGCGCACACACAGGCACUGAGCAUGGGGUUGAUGAGUAUCCUGACAUUAGCGGAAUCACUACUGCAAGAGAAGCCAUGCGCAAGAUGACAGAGGAAGACAAGCAGAAGAUCGCUCAGCAGGUUGAAUUCUUCCGCAGCGAGAAACUGAAAUUUGACCGGGAAGUUGCCAAAUGGGACGACACUGGAAAUGACAUCAUUGUCCUCGCAAAACACAUGUGCAUGAUAAUGAUGGAGAUGACAGACUUCACCAGUAGGGGACGAGGCCCACUGAAGACGACGAUGGACGUGAUCAACGCGGCCAAGAAGAUCUCGGAGGCUGGCACCAAACUGGACAAGCUGACGAGGCAGAUCGCCGACCAAUGCCCCGAGUCGAGCACCAAGCAGGACCUGCUCGCCUACCUGCAGCGCAUCGCGCUCUACUGUCACCAGCUCAACAUCACCUCCAAGGUCAAGGCUGACGUGCAGAACAUUAGUGGCGAGCUCAUCGUGUCCGGGCUGGACAGUGCCACAUCUUUAAUCCAGGCCGCUAAGAACCUGAUGAAUGCUGUCGUUUUAACAGUGAAGUCUUCAUAUGUUGCAAGUACCAAAUACCCGCGCCAAGGAACAGUUUCAUCGCCGAUCGUUGUGUGGAAGAUGAAGGCUCCCGAGAAGAAGCCGCUGGUGCGUCCCGAGAAGCCGGAAGAAGUGCGCGCCAAGGUCAGGAAGGGCUCUCAGAAGAAGGUGCAGAAUCCCAUCAAAGCGCUCAGCGAAUUCCAGAGUCCUACCGAAUCCGUCUAGAGCUAAAUGUUAUAGGUCAUUGAUGAACUCAACCAGCUUUCCCAAAGCAAUAAUUAUUGACAAAUAUUUAAGGGUCCUGUUGCAUGAAAAAAUACACGCCAAUAUUUUAGUAAUAACCAGCUGACUAUUAAUGUUAUUAGUUUGAAUUUUCUCAUGCAAUAAAGGUAGGCGCACACAGAUCGUCAUCGGACGGACGGCACGCAUCGGACGGAUCGGAUGAUUACAUUUGAAGCAUUGUUUUCAAUUGGAGUGCGCAUACCUAUCUGCAUCCGUAUGGGUGGUAUUGCACUCCAAUUGAAAAACAAUGCAUCAAAUCUAAUCGUCCGAUGCGUGCCGUCUGUCCGAUGACGAUCUGUGUGCGUCUACCUUAAGCCCCCAAAGUUGGUAAGUAUUAGAUAACAAUUCAACAAACCUUACAAGUUGAAACAGGGUGACAUGAAUGUUUUCCAUUUUUUUCGCUUGGUGAGACAGACAUUACUGAUGUUCCUGACUUCGUGGUGAAUACUACAAUAUUUUUACCUUCUUCUACAUUAUUAGAUUUUGUUUUAAUGUUAUAUUAGCUGCAAGUUGAUGUUAUGCACGCAUUAUUAACUGUUUUUAGUUAUAAACUGCUCAACAGUUCAUUAAAACUAACUGAUUAAAUGAAAAAGACUAAGAAA